CUAGAUUUUGUUUUAGCUGUGGAGUUGACCACGCCCUGCUCGGUUUUCAUUGGUUUAAUGGCCAACCUUCGUCAAGGCGCUUCAGUAAAGUGUGUGAUUCCACAGAAGAGUUGAGUUUGGACAGUGUGUCCUUACACCCGUGACACUAUUUUGUAUAUAAUCUGUCAUAAAUAAGAUACAUAUUUACAGCUGGAAAAAAUGGUCGGGGUAAAAGUAAUCGGGAAUGAUUCAGAAUUCCAACCUGAACUAGCAGACGCCGGAUCAAGGCUUGCGGUAGUGAAGUUCACAAUGGCAGGGUGUCGACCCUGUGUCAGAAUAUCCCCUGCUUUCAACAUGUUGAGUAACAAGUACCCUCAUGUCAUUUUCCUUGAAGUAGAUGUACACGUCUGUCAGGCAACGGCUGCCGCCAACAACAUCUCUGCCACGCCAACGUUUUUGUUUUUCCGUAACAAAGUGCGCGUCGACCUGUAUCAGGGCGCAGAUGCCUCAGGACUAGAGGAGAAGAUCAAGCAGCAUGUAGAAAACGACCCUGGAAGCAACGAGGACUCAGACAUUCCCAAGGGAUAUAUGGACCUGAUGCCGUUUGUGAACAAAGCUGGCUGUGAGUGUCUAAAUGAGAGUGAUGAAAGCGGCUUUGAAAACUGCUUAGUCAAGGACACCACCUACCUGGAGUCUGACUGUGAUGAACAGCUCCUAAUUACUAUGUCCUUCAACCAGCCUGUCAAGCUGUUCUCCAUGAAGCUCCUGUCCUCUGACUUCGCCCAGGCACCAAAGUGUGUGAAGAUCUUCAUUAACCUUCCUCGCUCCAUGGACUUUGACGAUGCUGAGCGUAGCGAGGCCACACAGACCCUGGACCUGGCUGAGGAGGAUUUCAAGGACGACGGACUGAUCCCACUGAGAUACGUCAAAUUCCAGAAUGUCCAGAGCGUCACCUUGGUUCCUGUUCUCAAGCUAGAAGAAGAAGAAGGAGGUGUUGUCCAGUUCUGAACUUCAGACAAAGAGGAGGAGGCGACGCCAGAGGACCGACUCCGCCCCGAUAUCUGUCCCCAUGAGAAUAAAAUGUGAAGCAGACCAAUGGGAGAGUUUCUGUAUGGAGGUCAAUGAGCUUUGAACUUGGUCAACAUAAAAUGUAAUUGAUUUGAUGAAAUAAAGUUUGGUAAUGUUUAGGUUAUGAAUUACUGAUAGAUAGAUGCACGUGGUAUCCUGGCAACUUUUGAGAAACACUUAUUUUAUAUCAGAGUUGUGUCUGUUGGUCAAAUGCGUAUCUACUCUCUCAUUGGCUAGAAUGCUCCCACCUGAUCCCGCCUCCUUCUGCCUUUGUAGACUUUUAUUCCCAUUGCCCAUUAUCUUGUCAAUAUAAUGUUGUGCCGACAUGCAUUCCAAUUUUAAUUAAGAAUUUGUUCUCAACUCACUUCCCUAGUUAAAUAAAUGAGUUGUGUUAAUGUAGAACCAUACAGCCAUCUAGUGGCACAAAAUAGUGAUGAUUUUUUGUUGUCUCAACCGCAGCCCACUAGGCUACACACAGAUGUGAUAUAAUGUAGAAUGCAUGUUUACAGAAUGCAUGUUUACAGAAAAGAAAAAUCAGAUAUUUGUUGCUUGAUUGGCAACAUAAGUUCGAACUAAGACUGCGUGAAUUAUAUCCUUUAUGGGCAGUUUCCCAGACAAUGGUCCUAGACGAGAAAGCUCUUUCAAAAGUAGGUUCUCUAUUGAGCAUGCCAGGGCAACACUUAAACUGACCAUUAUGAUAAAGUUGUGUUCCGUUAUGAUGAAGUUGUGUUCCUUUAUGAUGAAGUUGUGUUCCUUUAUGAUGAAGUUGUGUUCCUUUAUGAUGAAGUUGUGUUCCUUUAUGAUGAAGUUGUGUUCCUUUAUGAUGGAGUUGUGUUCCUUUAUGAUGGAGUUGUGUUCCUUUAUGAUGAAGUUGUGUUCCUUUAUGAUGGUUGUGUUCCUUUAUGAUGGAGUUGUGUUCCGUUAUGAUGAAGUUGUGUUCCUUUAUG